AUGCUAAGGUGUGGGAAACACUGCAAAGCCGCCAAAAUAUCCCUGUCAAGGCUUGCACUUACAUCGCCUAUGUGCAAUCCCCAAGUUGUUCUAUAUAAUGUUCUAAAAAUUCCAUCUACUCUUGAAUUAAUUAGAAUUGUAAAGGAGCCGUGUACUAUUGGGUUACCCACCACUACUGAGAAAAAUGCUGUUAAUACAAGAUUGAAUGAGGGUGAAAUAAGCGAAAAGGAAGAAAAGAAAACUUCUGAGAUUAAGGAUUCAACUGAGAUAUCCUGCAUCGAUAUUGUGGCUAAGAAGGCAAUUGCAUUGACAGGGUUCUUGCUUUACAGAUAUGCACAAAAGAAGCCUAUUUUCAAGAAAGAUAUGCUAACAAUUAUCUCUUGUUCAGAUGAAUACAGGUUUACUGAGAUUCUCAUGAAAGCCAAUGAAAACAUUGAGAGUGCCUUUGCAGUUAUUAUUAAGGAAACUGACACAACGAGGCACAAGUAUGCACUGGUCAGUAAACUAAAGCUCCCGAAUAAUGGGAGAAUCCAUCCUGGUACAGGCUUACCCAAAACUGGGUUAGUUAUGACUAUUCUAGGUGUUAUUUUCCUAAUGGGUGACAGCAUUUCAGAAGAAAAUCUAUGGAAAUUUCUAAAAACAAAGGCAAUAUAUCCUGGUAAAACACACUACAUCUAUGGAGAACCGGAACUUAUUACUAAAGAUCUGGUGAGGCUGAAUUAUUUGAAAUAUAAACAAGUGCCAAAUAGCAAUCCCCCUCAAUAUGAAUUUCUCUGGGGACCCAGAGCUUUGAAAGAAGCCACAAAAAAGGAAGCACUAGAUUUUUUAGGAAAUAAUAAUGUGAUUGUGCCAAAGAAAUUUACAGCUACAUAUGGAGAAGACAGGAGGGAUGAUGUCAGUAUUGGUACUGCAACCACAUCUGGCACUAAUAAUAUGGUCAUAUCCCUGCCUUUACCAGGAGCUGCAGCUUCUCCCCCUUUUUAUUAA